CUUGAUAAGGAUUAAGGAUUACUUUUGUCGGGUUAAGGCCAUUUACGUUACCAAACAUUUCUCUCGCUUCCCCUUCCACGGUUCGACCCCAUAUCAGCUUCGUUUUAUUCUCCUUCUCUGCGGACUCUCCGGCGGCAUUCCCGAUCGGCUUCUAGGUAGUGUAGAAGACGAACUGAAGGACCCUAUAGUUCAAUCGAUCUCGCUGUAAUUAGAUCGAUUGUGGUUCUUUCUGAUUACAGGUGAAGCAGAUUAUGUGUGUUGGGUACCUUUGGAAGCUGGUUUGGGAUCUCGAUAGGUAGACAGCUCGUUCAAUCCGUUGUGCUUUGUUGGUAGUUUUCUACAACGAAUCGUGCUCAACUGCCCGUUUGUUGGCAGCAACUAUGCUACCCACUGGGGUGAAAGAUACCCCACUCCGUGAAAGCCUCAGCCAGAAGGUCCAUCCGCAACCCAUGGAAGAGGCCAAUCAGAACCCAGAAGCUUUUGAAGCCAUGGUAUCCAAAAUUUUCAAUAAUAUCUCCUCUCUGAAGUCAGCUUACAUCCAACUCCAGGCUGCCCAUACUCCCUAUGACCCUGGAAAAAUUCAAGAUGCCGAUAAAUUAGUGGUUUCUGAACUGAAGAACCUAUCUGAGCUUAAACAUUUUUACAGGGAAAAUAACCCAAAACCAGUAUGUGUUUCUCCCCAAGACUCUCGUUUGGCUUCAGAGAUCCAGGAACAACAGAGCCUGCUAAAAACAUACGAGGUUAUGGUAAAGAAAUUCCAAUCUGAACUACAGAAUAAGGACUCGGAGAUUCAUCAGUUACAGCGGCAGAUUGAAGAGGCUGACCAAAAGCGAGCUAAACUGGAAAAAAAUCUCAAGCUUAGGGGCUUGUCAACAAGAGAAUCUGAAGGUUCUGGAGAAGAAAAUGGACUUUUUCAUGUUGAUCUAACCCCGGAUCUCUUCGCAUCAGCUCUGGAAGCCGCCUUUAAAGCAAUUCAUGAUUUUUCUAAACCGUUAAUUAACAUGAUGAAAGCUGCUGGGUGGGACCUUGAUGCUGCUGCUAAUACAAUUGAACCCAAUGUUGUAUAUGCAAAGAGAGCUCACAAGAAAUAUGCAUUUGAGUCUCACAUAUGCCAAAGGAUGUUCGACGGAUUCCAGCAUGAAAGCUUCUCCAUCAAAUCAGAUAAUCUUACCGUCAGUAAAGAGAGUUUCUUCAACCAAUUUCUUGCUUCAAGGGAAAUGGAUCCACUGGACAUGCUAGGUCAAAAUCCGGAUUCUAUCUUCGGGAAGUUCUGUAGGAGCAAGUACGUAGCUGUUGUCCACCCAAAGAUGGAGGCUUCAUUCUUUGGAAAUUUAGAUCAGCGCAAUUAUAUAAUUGGUGGUGGGCAUCCAAGGACUCCAUUCUAUCAGGCAUUUCUGAAACUGGCUAAAUCAAUAUGGCUUUUGCACAGGCUAGCUUAUUCAUUUGAUCCGGCUGUUAAAGUCUUUCAGGUUAAGACAGGCAAUGAGUUCUCAGAGGUUUAUAUGGAAAGUGUGGUGCAGAAUUUGAUAGUGGAUGAGAAUGGAGAGAAACCUAAGGUGGGGCUCAUGGUCAUGCCUGGUUUUUGGAUUGGGGGAAGUGUGAUUCAGAGCAGAGUUUAUCUCUCUGGUGUGAAGGUUGCCGACUGAAAUCUGUUAGUACUACCGUCUUACGCUUGUGCGUGUAACUUGGUUAUAGUAUUGCUGCUUAGCCAUGGAACGUGCUAUUGCUUUAUAUACAUAUGCUGCUUCUUUUUUUACCUUCUUUCCCUUGUGUAACUGUAAAAUAGUUGCUGUAUGAGAUGAGAUGACAUGAGCUUUUUAUAUUCAUUGGAACUUUUUAUAUAGCUUUUUAUAUUUAUGUAAA